ACACAAGAAAUAUCAACAAUAAUUACGUAUGACUUAGCUAAGAGUGCACUUGAUGUGGUGUAAAAUUGCGAUACAUACUUUGUACGGACAUGAACGACCUUAUCUUAUCUUCUGCCGGUGACCACUACAUUGUACUUCUAUUCACAAGUCUCACAACACAAUGCUUGUCCUAUUUUGUCUUGUCUGUCUCAGUUCUGCAGUCCAGGGAGCGGCAGCAGCAUGUGCCGACGGGUUUAUCCGACACGAGGAUUCAUGCUACAGAUUGUUUCAUAGCGCGUUUACAUGGCCAGAAGCAUCGUCGUUCUGUCGAAGCUAUAACACUCAUCUGGUUUACUUGGACACAGAGUCGGAAUUUGGGUUUGUCAAGGCAAGGGCUGCAGAGGCUGGAGGCAAUGGGUUCUGGACUGGAGCAACAGACGCCCUUACUGAGAAUGAGUGGAUAUGGAAUGAAACAGGUGAACGUCUAACUUUAACGGCAGAUUGGGCACCAGGGGAACCAGAUCAUUCCCUUGGCAGGGAUUGUCUAGGCUUGUGGAGUAAAUAUGACUACAAGUUGUCAGCAUGGGACUGUCGAACCCUCUUAAAGCCUAUUUGUGAGACAGAUUUUGAAGAUCAAGGAGAAACCGUUAUUGGCUGAAGUUAAUGACCAGAGUGAAAGUAACAGUAAAGAUAUGUAAUAAGAAAAUCGCAGUUGUAUGCCAUUUUGACUUUUUGGCAUUUCUAAAUAAAGUUGAAAUGUUUAAUAUUU